AUGGCCAUCGAAAUAGAUCUGGGGGUGCUACUAGCCAUUGUUAUUCCUAUUGGAACGGUUUGUGUCCUGUGCUUGCUCGUGUUGGCAUGCGUGCUUUGCAUGGUGCUUCGUCCCAGCCGUAGGUCGUGGCUUUGCGGGUCCCGGCACAGAGACUCCGCCAAGGUACCCAUAGACCCGCCCAAACUGUCGGUGGAAAUUGACAACGAGCCGCGGCUUUCGCAAUUGAACCAGUUGUAUGGGCCAGACCCCAAGCAGGGGAACGGUCGUUCAAACAACAUCAAGCGGGUUAGUGGCCAGCGGACAAGUCGACCAGAUAUGAAACUAGGGUCUAUUUCAGAGUCCCCCAAAGUAAUGACACCCACUUGGCCCCAUGACCAGCACGCGUCCCCCUGGGAGGCUCCUUCACCACCCGAACCGGCAGUGAACCGCCCGUCAGCCAAGCCUUACGGCCAGCCUCAGAUCCAGUCAGUGCAAAACUGUGCCAGAAUAGACUACACAAGUGGCAUUGAGUCUGUGUCGGCGAGCAUUGUGACUGACCCGUCAGAAAAACAUGCCAGCCUGCUGUCCAUCCAACAAACGCCGAAAAGCGUGUACAGUCCAACACCUACGCAGUACUUUACGCCCACCCGGCCCGAGCGACCAGGGCGACCAGAACGGCCCGAGCGGCCAGAACAAACGUCUGAGCCGGCCGUGGCACGAAACGUCGUGCGCGAGCGCUCAAGCGAGUACUCAAGCCCACUGCCCCCCACCGCGCAGUGGUCCCGUCGCAGCUCAUCGCACUCCGGGUCUGAGCGCGGCAAGAGCAUUUCGACUAUUUGCGACAAGCCACUGCCUCAGCUGCCUACCCCGUCAAACGGUGGAGUAGUCGCCGACCUCAAUGGCGCCAUGUUCAAGGCUAUAUUUGCAUACACCCCCGUGCUCUACGACGAACUGGCCCUUAAACAGGGCGAUAUGGUGCGGUGCCAUCAGGUGUUUGACGACGGCUGGUGCAUGGCAUCUCAGGUAGGAACUAGUGAGCGGGGGAUAUGUCCUCGGGCCUGUUUAGCAGAAAUUUAA